CAAAGUAGUGUGCCACCGUGGGUGUUCGUAUCCUUCCUCGCAAUGCCGGAUGGCGUAGGUGGUGGAUAUCCAGGUCAGUCCAAUACCUCCAAUUUCAGGUCACUACAGUACCCCAUUGACCUGAAACCCUCCGACUUCUCUGCGUGGAUUGCGUCACAAGAGUGCACGGACAGUCUUGCAGAAGCCUUGGAGAUGGCCAACUCCAGGAUCCGUGAGUACGUCAAGAAGAAGUUGGACUUGGAGAAGGCUCUCAAGGAGCGAGGUGCGAAAAAGGAACACAAUGAGGAAGAGCAGGUCGCCCAGGAAGGGGAGAGCCCGGAGAGCCCGAAGAAAGGAGUGGGCGAGAACAUUCGGAGCAUCAUCCAGGAAAUUGAGCAGGGCAAGAUUGAUGGGAUACAACUCAGUCACAAAAAAAUCACGCUGGGUGAAGCAAAGGCCUUGGCUGAGGCAAUGGUGGCAAAUGCGAAGAAAAGCACCAUCAAGACGCUCCACCUCUAUGGCAACGAGUUCGGGGAUGAGGGGGUUAUGGCAUUCUCCAAAGUCAUCGCCGAUGAGAACUCCGCUGUGGAGAGGCUCAGCCUAGGCAGCUGUGGCAUGACAGACCUCGGAGCUUUUGCACUUGCUGACGCUUUGAAGAAGAACAAGACAGUGAUAGACUUAAACAUUGGUGGCAAUGAAGGCAUCACAGCUCGAGGCAUCGGAGCCAUAGCCGAAGUUUUGGGGACCAAUUCCUGCAUCACCACGCUAUGGGUGAGCGAUGGUGUGCUGGAUCGUGAUGGGGCUUCACUUCUAGCCCAAGCCUUAAGGACGAACACGGCUCUCAAACAAAUCACCUUGAGUUUCAACAAGAUGAUGGGGACGGGCGCUGCAGAAAUUGCAUGUGCGUUGAAGAAGAACAGGUCGUUAGAAGCCGUUGAGCUCUCAUAUUGUGACAUCAAUGAUGACACCGUGAAUGAGAUUGCCUUGGCAUUGCAAGAGAACAAGGAGACAGCUUUGAAGACGAUCGACUUGGAUGGCAACAAAAUCACAGAUGCUGGGGCUGAAAGGCUUGUUCAAGCUCUGAACGAAAGCAACAAUCAGACGAUCACGAAAAUUGACCUUGGUAACUGCAAUGUGUCAUCCUGCAGUGACAAGCGUGUCACUGUUUAACCACAGUUCGGCUGGCAUAGUUCCCGCAGCGUCAGUGUUGAGAGUUGCCUGAGAUGCUCCGAGACGGGCUGCAGUACAUGGCUCUAGACCAGCCUUCAACCAGCCCUUCACUUGUAUUGAUUCGAU